AUGUUACAAAGUCAUAUCAUCCCAAACUUUUUGAAUUUAAUAGAUUUCUAUUUGAUUGAAAGAGAUUGGAAGUGUGCUUCUUUCUUGUUGAACAACAGAUUGAAUACUACCGCUGGUAACAAAUCAGCCGUUGAUGAUCAAAAUAACAUGAAAAUGCACAUAAGAGCACUUUACUUGAGUGGUCAACUGGGAUUGUCCACUUUAUUUUCCAUCAAAAGCCUAGUAGGCUUAUUAAUCAAUCAAACCGAUCUUCCUAGAUUUGAGCAGUUUUUAAUUUGGAAAACUAUUGCAAGACAUUUAUUGGAUAGAAAAUUGUUUUUAGAGUAUGAGCAAUGUCUUUUGCAAAUGGUUCAAUUAUUUCAGGAUAGUGAUGAAGUGAAAUGGAUGCUCAUUGACCUGUAUUUAAAUAACAAAUUCAAUGUGUCUCUUCAGGAGCAGACUAAAAAUCGUUAUAUCACUCUUUCUUUGCAGCAACAAAAAGAAAGACAUAGAAAUGAAUUGGCACUUUCCCUUGUCACAACAUUAGAGAAUUCGCCUGCUAUGAGGUUAGAUCCUAGUCUUUCUCUUCUUCUUCGUGAAUAUCAUGCAAUUUUGCUGUCCAGAGUUGCCGUUAAAGCAAUUGAUAUUGAAGAAGGAAAGAAAAAAAUUCAUGAAUUGAUUGAAAAUGUUGAAAACAACUCCAUAAUUCUUGAAGGCAAAAUCAAGAAUCACAAAAUAGCACAUUAUCACCAUCUAUUAUCUACAAUGAAUUUUAAGCAAGGGAAGUUUAUUGAGGCUAUCGAGGAAUCAAAAAAAGCGCUUUCUCUAAACCCUCAAUCUACUUUUUAUCAAAAUAGACACCAAGGAAUGAUUGAAACCUUUAAAAAUCACAAACAAUAUCUCUCAAUUCUGAACGAAUUACCUUCCAAGGAAAUGUUGAGUACAAACGUGACGUCGGAAAUACCAACCAUUAAGUUCAUUCGGAAAGAAUGA